GGAAGUUGGCAGUUUUGGUAUAAAACUAUUUCCGCAUCCUGAGCGCGUCCUUUCCUGUCUUCGGCUGUUGGAAGAUGGCGGUGCAGAUCUCCAAGAAAAGGAAGUUUGUCGCUGACGGCAUCUUCAAGGCCGAGCUGAACGAGUUCCUGACUCGUGAGCUGGCUGAGGAUGGGUAUUCUGGUGUGGAGGUCCGAGUGACUCCCACCAGAACCGAGAUCAUCAUCCUGGCCACAAGGACCCAGAAUGUUCUGGGAGAAAAAGGCCGUCGCAUCAGAGAGCUGACUGCUGUGGUCCAGAAGAGGUUCGGCUUCCCCGAGGGCAGCGUGGAGCUGUAUGCUGAGAAGGUGGCCACUAGGGGGCUCUGUGCCAUCGCCCAGGCUGAGUCUCUGCGCUACAAACUGCUGGGAGGUCUGGCUGUCCGCAGGGCCUGCUAUGGAGUGCUGAGGUUCAUCAUGGAGAGCGGGGCUAAGGGCUGUGAGGUGGUGGUUUCUGGGAAGCUCAGAGGUCAGAGGGCCAAAUCCAUGAAGUUUGUGGACGGUCUGAUGAUCCACAGUGGAGAUCCAGUGAACUACUACGUGGACACGGCGGUCCGCCACGUUCUGCUGAGGCAGGGUGUUCUGGGCAUCAAGGUGAAGAUCAUGCUGCCGUGGGACCCCAGCGGGAAAAUCGGUCCUAAGAAGCCCCUCCCAGACCAUGUCAGCAUUGUGGAACCCAAAGAGGAGACCCUCCCCACCACACCCAUGUCUGAACAGAAGGGGGCCAAGCCUGAGGUUCCUGUGAUGCCCCAGGGAACACCUGUCCCCACCGCCUAACAGGUUCCUCCGUUUCACCAGAUGGAAGCAAAACUCUGAUUUUUGUGUACAAAACCAAUAAAAUCUGGAAAGUCCUGUUGUUGUCAUGAUGUCUGGUUUUCACGUUGUGAUCAUCGUCCCAAACAUCAUAAAAACACUUUGUUUAAAUCCUCA